GAGGCUCCUCCUCGUUCGCUUGUGUUUUCUCAACCGGUUUCUCACUCACACUCUCGCUCAGCUGAGAUUCAGAGAGCAGAGCUCCUCACGGAGUGGCAACGACCAAACUGAGUCUCAUCUUUUCUCACUUAGAGAGAGGUUCGGAAAGGAAAAAGAUGGAGAGGAAGCAGGGAGAGGUGGACCACCUGGAGCUGGAGCUGGACAGACCGAUCCCUCUGACUGACAAGGAGAGGGUGAUGAUCCAGGACUCGUGGGCUAAAGUCUACCAGAACUGUGAGGAUGUCGGAGUGGCCAUCCUGAUCAGGCUGUUUGUGAACUUCCCCUCAUCUAAGCAGUACUUCAGCCAAUUCAAACACAUUGAGGACACGAGGGAGCUGGAGCAGAGUUCCCAGCUCAGGAAACAUGCUCACAGAAUCAUGAACGCCAUCAACACGCUGGUGGAGAACCUUGACAACUCAGAGAAGAUGGCCUCGGUGCUGAAGUUGGUGGGGAAAGCCCACGCACUCAGACACAACGUGGACCCCGUCUACUUUAAGAUUCUGAGUGGAGUUAUUCUAGAAGUCCUGGGUGAGGAAUUCCCAGAAGAUGUGACACCAGCAGUGGGCUCGGCAUGGACCAAACUCCUGGCUACGCUCUGCUGCAGCCUCAAAGCCGUCUACGAGGAGGUGGGCUGGACGCCUCAGUCGGCCUCGACCGGCUGAAACCGUCUCCGCUCAGGCGAACGCUCCUCUGCAGCCGUCAGGAAUCCAAUGACUGUAAUCUGGAAAUACAGUUUUAUUAUAAUCUAUGAUAAUCAUGGACAAUGUAAAGAUAUAUAUAUAUAUAUAUAUAUAUAUAUAUAUAGAGAGAGAGAGAGAGAGAGAGAUACCAAACUAGGAACAAGUACUGUGCUCUUUUAUAGCUACAGCAGUGUGUUUGUGAGAGACAGAGUGUAAAAAUAACCUAGCAGCUCCCUUGUGUUUGUUCUCUCGUGAAGAUAAACUCACGUGAGACCGGGCUCGGAGGGAAACCUGGGGCUUGGCGAGAGGUCAGAGUUGACUCGGGCGUGCCUUUUUACUGAAUGUGUAGAAACUCAACUGUAAGCAGGAUCCUUUAUAGGCAUUGUAACAUUUUACAGAUGUUUCCUCUGUGUGUGUUUCGUGCACUUUGGUAGAUGUUGCGACUACAGAAACAUUUCUACAUUUUUAAAAGUUACUGGUGAGGACUAUAUCCCUCUUUUCCUUCAUUAGGAAUCACAUUUGUAUCUGUAAUGGAGUAUACUUUAAAUAAAACGUAGAAUACCCUUUUAA